AUGACAGCCCAAGCCCGCUCCGCCUACCGCGCCCUCCUCCGCGAAAUCCCCCGCCGAAACCUCAACAGCCAAACCACCACCCCCCUCCACAACCGCAUCCGCGCCGUCUUCCGCACCACGGAAGAGUCCGAAUCAGGUGCGAUCCGCGCCCAGGAGGCCGCGCAGAUGGCGGCGUAUGCCCGCGCGCAGAGAAGCUACGCCGAGCUCGUCGAUAGAUAUAACCCCGGCAGUUGGUUGGAUGAGGAGGAGAGGAUUAGACUUACUGCGAGGCGGGUGGGGAUGGAGUUGCCGGUUUUGGGGGGGAAGAGCUAG